GAGCAAUAAGUGAGCUCAGUAGGGGGGGGGGCGGGGGUGAGCUCAGUGACAAUGACAUCGAAGCACUGGCAGCCGCGAGCCAGGACAGCGCGGCGGCGGCGCCAGAAGCGGGGCCGAUUCCAUAUGAGUAUGGGCCACUGGCGGCACAUGUCAGGCCUGGAACGACUCCAGCCAAACCGCCCACAGCUUUCGCCAGCCCUGCAGGCGUACGUCGGCGGCAUCCCCACGGCGGCGACCGCGUCGGCGGCCCGGUUUGAAGAGCGCCUGCGCUACCUCUUCGCCAGUGGGGCGGCAGGGCAGGCGGCGGGGCAGGAGGCGGGGCAGGCGGAGGCGGCGGGGCCGGCAGAGGCGGGGCCCCGGGGCGCGGUGCACGUGCUGUGGCACUACCACUUCUCCGCCUUCCGCCGAAAGCGCUGGGCUGCGUUCAUCCAGCGCGACCGCGCGCUCCACCGCGUCGCCAAGCAGCUCACGGGCGGCAGGCCCAAGGAGGAGGUGGUGGUGGGGGGCGGGCGCGCGCCGACGGGGCGGCUCAUCAAGCUGCUCCGUGAGCGCUACGCCAAGCAUGUGUUCAUCAUCGAUGAAUACAAGACCUCCAAGGAGAUGGCCAUCAAGCGGCUUGGGGGGCUGAAGGAGGGGCAGCGGCCCUGGUCGGUCAAAGUCUGCAACGACUGCUUGACGACCUGGAACCGCGACGUCUCCGCCGCCAACGUGAUCCGUGUGCUCCUCCUGCUGAAGCUGAUGGGCUUCGAGCGGCCGACCAAGCUGCAGCGGCCGCCAUGGCCGCCGGCGGCGGCGGGGCCGGGCUGAGAGCCUGAACGGCGCUAGCAGGGCGUGGGGCUGAGGGUGCACGUGUCGAUUGGCGGCGAGUGACGUGACUAGUUUGUUAGCUGCGGGUUAGCACGGACUGUGCACCCCACCCAACCGGCCACGUCCGGAUUUGCGGGGAUGCCAAAGGCCCCCAACAUAGAGGCGUGUGCAAUUUGCGUGUGCUUAGUAGGCGCCCGCGUCAAGGUGGCUGGGUUGAUAACGACCC